AGUUUUUUUUGUUAGUAAAAGCGAAUAAAAUAUACAUAUAUAUUAAAAUGGGAAAGGGGGUCUGAGGCUGAGUGCAGAAGCAACGAACAGGGGUGAACAGAAUUAAUAUGGAAAGCGAAGUUCUACAAAAGUCAAGUAAUGAGAGUCAUUUGGUAGGCAAAGAAACUGAGGAAGAGGACGAGAAAGAUGAAGGUUACCCAAAUGACUCCUUGAUCUGCAGUGAACGACUGCCCUCAACUGAUGUGGAUACCACAGGAGAACAGAGUGAGGGGUUGGCGAGUAGUUGUGAUAGCGAUGAGGGAGAAAAUGAAGAUGAGCAGGACAAUGACAUGUUGGAUUCUCAUGAUGAUCAUCCUCUCCAUUCUUUCCGGACUGUGAUAAUCCAUGAUGAACCAGUUGGAGUUAUUGAUACUGAGGAAGAAACUACUCUUGUGACAUCUCAGGGAGAGUUCUGCAUGGUCCAAGUUUCAGAGGAUCCACCUUCUCAAGAGCCAUCCUUUCUUCCACAGGUCCCUCCCAGUACAGAUUGCCAGCUGAACUUUGUAACAGUAUGCAGUCGUGUGCCAGGGUUCUUUGAUGACAUGACUGCAAGUGGCCGAGUGCCUCAGCACACAGGGUUAGAUGCUUUUGGUAGUGUCUCUCAGAGUUAUGGUGGUGAUGUAACCCUAGGGCACCAGCAACAACAACAAACAAAUCUGCUUCAUUCCUCACAACCCUAUAAACAUAAGAAUUUUUCUGAGUCCCUCAUGCUACAGAAUGAUCCAGACAUUGAUAUAACAAGCAAUGCAAUGCAAGAAGAGCCAAGACUCAGAAUCCCAUCUGCAGUCCUAAAUUUAGGGAAUUAUCAGCCUGUGAAUCUUAAAAUUAACCCAGCCUAUGCCACCAGGCGUUCACUGAGAUGUGCAGCCAACCGAGGACCAGUAAAGACCUUCCCUAUGACAUACAGUGGAGAAAGUCAAAGAGCUUCUCAUGUGGAGCCAGCGACUGAGCAGGCAGACAAGAGGUCCUUACCUGAGGAUGGAGCAGGGCCUCAAGUGCCCAAGAAAAAAACUCGCACCUUAUAUAGUGCUGAGCAGCUGGAAGAACUGGAAAGAAUGUUUGAGGAGGACCACUACCCUGAUGGAGACAAGAGAAAGGAAAUUGCAGUUUCAGUUGGUGUUACCCCUCAACGGAUUAUGGUGUGGUUCCAAAACAGGAGAGCAAAAUGGAGAAAAGUGGAAAAAAACAUCUUAAAGCCUACUAAGAAAUAUACCAGUGCCACCUCAGAUGCUGCGACAACCAGGACUCUUGAGCAAGCUCGGGUGCAUCCUGCUUCUAUCAGGGCACCAGUAAUGCCUUCAUCUGUGAAUCCCAUUCACACCCAACCUGCAUUUCUGAAGAUGGCAUCUCAGUCGGGCAUGCUUCCUAGCAUUCUAGGCACUGGUACACUGUCCGGAUCUGGUGCAUCUCAUAUGGUCUCCUCUGCUGCCACUACAGUGCCAGGAAAUGCAUCAUCUACUAGCAGCAGUUCUACUUCCAUACCCCAGGGCUACAGUCUGGAUACAAGGCCUGACUGUAUGCUAACCAUUGCCAGUCCACCCCCGAUCCGCAGGGCUAGUCUUCCCCUUUCUAUGACAGUCAACCAAAGCAACCACAUAAUUCCACUGCUGCUGGAUACUCAGGACAGUACCUACACACCAUCUCCUGUACUCGACAGCUCUGCCAGAGAAUCCUUCAGCUAUACAGUACCAAGUGAGGGCACUGGAUUGGAACAGCCAUCAACAAGCAACUACGGUGAUCCAGUGGGAAAUUCCAUAAAGCAUGGAACUCAGUUGUAUCAGCAUGGCAACCAGUCAAGCUCCCAGCAUUCAAGUUUUCCACUUGGGCACUUUACACAACAGCAUGGAUCAGUCUUGCCUUCUCAUGGCCUGAAUCCCUCCCAGUAUCAACGUCUGCCCUUGCAAGUCAAUCCUAAUUGUACAUCUGGUGCCACUGUUGCCCCAGCUCCACAAACUGACAGCAAUACCUCAUUUUUGUCAUUUGGAGGCAAUGCAGGAACUGGUGGGAUAGUGACCUAUAGCACUGGAACUGGCAGGAGCUACUACCAGAGUCAAGGAGGGGCUCCUGUUUUGCUUCAGCAAAGUUUGCAUGGUGGCCUCACAGCCUUUCAGACGAUUCCUUGGAGUGAUGUAUAUUCCCAAGGCACACAGCACUUCCCAACGCACCUAUACCAACGGAUGCAUUUCCAAGGAUCGGGGCGAUGCCCUACAGAGCAGAGCCUGUACCAGCAAAACUCCACAAACUCUUCACAGUGCUAUAUUCAACUUCAGAAAGCAGGUGUAGGGGCAUCUCAGGUGGCCUACCUCUCCAGUAGGACAGGAGGGGUAACUAAUCACCAUUACCAGGCCAACAGAGUUCGUCCAGAAUACCAGCCACCAGCAGAGAGAAGUGCACAGCCAACAAGCACUGUCAGCAAGGAUUCUGACACCAGCAGUGGUAAACUUUCAAGACAGAUAUCUACAAAAGUUGAAGAUGUGAAUGAAGAUCAAAGAAAUGGCUUUCCACAGGAAAUCGACAACUAGUUGUCCUGUAAAAGACAAAUAAGAAAAAGAAACCGUGGCAUAGCUGUACAUUUUAGAGCAAGUAAGAACAUGGGUGCCCUGGAAGGCUGAUCACUGUUGGAAGAAAUCCUGUUUUUGAAACAUAAAAAUCCCAUUUGCCACAAUGCAUAGCGAUUCAAGCACUUAGCAAAAAUGUCCUUAUUCUGCCUAGAAAAAAUAAUAGGCUCUUUUAUGUCACUAGGAGCAGGGAGAAGACACAUUACUGUAACAUUGUAACAUCACACUCCCAAAAGAAUAAACAGCGAGAAGA